AUGGAGCACCUGCUAAUUCUUCUCGCGACCUGCAUCGCAGCCAGUUCCGGCCACAUCGACACGUACAAGAGCUUCGAAGACGCCACCCGGAAUUGUGCCGACUACUACCAGCUGGACGAAACCUGCAUCCAGCGCUUCCUGGCCAGCCCGGAACUGGGCAAGUCCAUCGACCCGCGACUCACCCGAUGUGUUCUGAACGAUCUGGUCGCUUGGGACGACACCACCGGAAUCAAGGAAUCCGUACUGAGGCAGUUCUUCCAACCGGCCGGCUGCUGCGACCGUGACUACCGACACCACACGGCCCAGUGUGUCCAGCAGCAGCUGGCGAAUACGGCCGAGGAUGUCAACGGGCGCGCGUACGAGGCGUUCCGGUGCUAUCUGCGUCACUACGGAACGUUGAUCCGGCUGGAGAAGAAGUUCAUUCCGCUGGCGAAGGAGUCGCUGAUACAGCUCAAGAUCGAUGACUAUCUCAUCGCUAAUACGCCACAGUGCGCUCUGGUGGAGUUCAGUCGAGGUGACUUUGGACGGGAGGACGAGGCCGCGAAACUGUUCUUCACUGGGACGAUCCGGGGUGGCUAUCUGGAUGAAACUGAUAAACGUAAAAUCAGCCUGGACAAACUGUACACGCAGUUUGGUAAUGUGGAACUGAUUGAUCCAAAAACGAUCAGAUGUGUGGAUAACGUAGCCAGAGAGUAUGGACCGUCUGGGAAUAUCGUGCAGUCUUUGUUUCAGCAGCUUCAGCGGUGCUGCAUUCAGUUUACGACCAUUCAUGAAGCACUGCAGGAAGCUGCGGGAAAAUUGGUGGCCAAUGCUAAUACAACUAUCACAGCUAGCAGUGUAAGCAAUAGGAUUAAUAGCUGUGGAUGCAAGCCAGAGCCGCGGUAUUACUACCCUUCUCAGAUAUACUAA